AUGUCGUCUUCCGACAAGAUACAGGUGGAUAAAGAUAAGCUGAAAGAGAAAUUGGAGGAGAAGUUCGACUUGUCCCACUUUGACUUCAAUGCCAUAAUUCGGGGAGCUCAAUUGACCUUGGUGGGAGGCAAGUAUACAUCGCCGGAGAUCCGGCUCUUCCACACCCAUCGAGCACUUCAGAACCCAGCACUCUUCACCACCGAUCACUAUCGUCAAGCGGCCAUAGCUGUCGUCGCAGGGCUCGCAAUUCGGCUCGUCAUCGCUAUUCCGAUAAUUGGUAUCAAAGUGUUGAUAUGGUUCAUCUCGCUCUUCAUAUCCCUUGAUGCCGUGACGUGGGAUGACAAGCUUGUUGGCGGCCUCGACUUUGUUGCUCAAUAUGUCCUUCAAGUCCCCUUCUUUCUCAUGGCCCUCAUGCGCUAUGUGGUGCCGACUCUCGAUAACCUCUUCAUGCAGUCGCUACAGUGGGUGGAUAUGACCUAUGUCCGCAAGCACAAAAACGAUAACCCUUCUGAGCUUCGAGACAUGUACUAUCCCAAUCUCAAGGGGUAUAGGGCAUCUGAUGGAAGCACGCACUCAGAGAGUACAGCUCAAGCUGUUUCGAUGUUUCUCUAUCGAUUUCUCCGCAAGGGCGCGAUCUCCCUCGCCGUCUUCGCCCUUUCAUAUACCCCUGUCAUUGGUCGCUUCGUGCUACCCGCUGCCAGUUUCUACACCUUCAACAACGCAGUCGGUUUGGGCCCGGCAUCAGUCAUCUUCGGCACAGGCAUCUUCCUGCCUCGAAAGUACCUCGUGAUUUUCCUCCAGAGCUACUUCUCGUCAAGAAGUCUGAUGCGAGAGCUGCUUGAGCCCUAUUUUGCCCGAGUUCACUUCACCAAAGGACAGAAGCGAAACUGGUUCCGCAGCCGUGAAGGUGUUCUUUUCGGCUUUGGGUUCGGCUUCUACGUCCUGGUCAAGAUCCCCCUGGUUGGUGUGCUUGUCUAUGGCAUUGCCGAGGCCUCAACAGCCUACUUGAUCACCAAGAUUACCGAUCCUCCACCUCCUGCCCCGCAGAUGAAGGAGUACGCCGAAAGCCAACAGAACUGGACAAACAAGCAUGAGUUCCUCAAUUUAUCACUCGCCAACAUCGAUUCGGUUCCCAGGCGGGAGCUCCCCGAGAAGACCAACUGA